GGAAAUUUAAGUAACCAGGCAGCCAGUCUGCACAACUUUUCUUCCUACAAACUAGAACGCAAAAACUAAACGGCCAGACCAAACGCGACAAUUGCCUAGUCGCCUCGAAACUCAAUAGAAACAACUUAACAACGAGAUCAACUCUCCAAGAAAAAGAAAGAAAAAUGUCUUGUGAAUAACGACUCAGCUCGUUCCUCCAAUGACUGCUCUUUUCACCACAGUAUAAUGGUCCGUAGCUCUCUGAUUACACUACCAGAUGAGCUCCUUCACGACGUCGUCGGGCGACUCGACUCGGCCCGCGACGUAGCUGCCUUCCAGGGCGUAUGCCGACGAACCGAUUACCUUACCAGACACAAUGGCUGGAAGUCCUUUGCUCAGGCAAAGUUCCCAUCGUUGAAGAUCCCAGCAUCGGCACAGCUGACUUAUUCCAAUGUCGCUGAUCGCCUAACGUAUCUCGAUAGGUGCUGGGCCAAGCGAGCCUUCUUCAUCAACAGCUAUGAGGAGGAACUCUCGCACCACCGACAUGGCCUUCCACCAGGCAGACGAUUCCAGCAGUCUGUGUCCUUCUACCCGUGUCUGGACGCAGGGCUGCUCUCUUCAUCCAUGGAAGAGCUGCUUGUGGUUGGCGCCGGUGAAGAUGUUUUGUCCAGGCGCCGGCCUAAUUUGGGCACAGCUCCAGUGCCGUGGAUGAAACUUCGCGGGGCAGUAGAUGGCUACAUGUCUGGCUCUGGAGAUGUUACAGCCGUGUCUGUCGUUGACGAAGCGCGAGGCCCCGGUGUCGCCAUUGGUCGUGCAGAUGGCUCGCUGAGGCUACAAAGCAUUCAUGCCACGGGGUUUAAAGGCAACCAUGUGGAUCUAUUGCCUGAGCUUGCGUGCGAACAAGAACCUGCAUCAAUGCCUCCUGUGACCUCACUCGGUCAUCUGGCUGUCACUUGGACCGCAUAUCAGCAGCAGUCAGCCUUGCUUGCGAGCUGCCAGGGUGCUCGACUACGCCUGUACGAUCUAAGUAGCCUAAAGGCAAGCACAAGAUCCAUUGCUCCAAGUCAAACGUUUGACUUUACCAAUGCUGAAAGCACGGCCUUACCGCUGCUCAGAAGCUGCAAGUUUCUGGGUUCCGAUACAAUCGCAUGCGCAUUGGGAAGCGCCACAGAUCCAUUACAAUGGGGUCAGAUCCGUCCCGAUGGGAUUGAGAUGUUCCCUGCCGUUCCGAACAUGACGACCCUGAGUGCGGCGUUUGAAAAGCUUGAUGUUGAUAUCAACAACUGGUCCCAGCGGCUCACUGUUCGUGCCAUUGAACCUGUUCAUGGUCUGGGCGGUCCCAAUAUUGUCCUAAGCGCCUGGGAUAAUGGCAGUAUCAAUUUGCAUGACCUUCGCACAGCAUCGCCCUAUGACGCUGUUUACCGAGAUCGAUUCCAGCCCUAUCAAUCCAGCAGCGCCCUACUUGCCUUUGGUGCCGAACAUUUUGUUGCCGGCGACAAUAGAUACAUGGAGCUGCGGGUCAUUGAAUUUCGCAAUCCGACAAAGAGCUACCAGCAUACCGAUGGAUUGUCUUGUUCAUCCGAGCCUCCAUUUCCGCCUCCGCUCUAUGGUCAUGUCGGCUUAGAGAAGGGCGCAGCCAAGCACAAUACUUGCAGCAGCAGCAAUGAUGAGAGCUGUGUUUGGCACAGAGAGUCUCGCCGCCCUACUUGGCAGCCAGAUGUGACAAUCAACAUGGGCAACAGCAAAUACGACCGAUGCUUCUCGCUGGCCAAAUCGUCUGAUGUCACUGGUACCUUUUACGCUGGCUUCUGUGGCGCUGUAAUGGAAAUUACGCCAGCAUUGGCCCGGGACGUUUCCAAAGACAAAGAGCCCUACCACCGCGCACCAAAGGGCUGGACCAGCGGUCAUCCCAGAAGCCGUGUGUCAUUGAUUGAGACGGGUGUAAGCCUUUGUAGCACACCGGAAUGGGCAUUGGAGGAGAAUUCGGUCCCAGCGCCUCUGUACUCGGACCCAGCGGCGUACACUGGUGCCCGUGCCGACUCCGAGGAGCAUAUGCGACUGGAUAGUUGCUGGACUCCCCGCCGUCCACGGGAUCCAAACACGCAUGCGACGCCAGCAACAGAGCGACGUCACGGAGGGCGCGGACGCGGACAUGGUCGUCCUCGAAGCGCUCAACGGGGACGAUGAAGCAUGAGUUCCCCGACGUUUUAUCCGUAGCAACCAGCACAAAUUGCCAUAGAUCCUUUACUAGAAGUAGACUUGCUUACAAAUUAGACGCAUUAUUGUUUC